AUGGAGUCUGUGCUUAACUUGAUCUCCAACGAGAUGAAAGAGAUUAGAGAUGGAACAAAAAGUAACAAAAUAUCUCAACCACUUGUUUUAGACAUAGAAGACUUCAAGGGCGACUUCUCUUUCGAUGCUUUAUUUGGAAACUUAGUAAAUGAGGUUCUGCCAUCUUUCCAAGAAGAAGAUGCUGACUCAUUAGAAGCAAAUGGUAAUAUUAAUGGGAAUGAUGCUUUGCCUAAUGGAAGGGCAGGGCAAGGUCAAGGGCAAGGGCAAUUGACUCCUUUAUUUCCAGAAGUAGAUGCUUUAUUGUCAAUGUUCAAGAAUUCCUGUUCGCAGUUAGUCGAAAUUCGGAAACAGGUUGAUGGAAAACUAUUUAAUCUUAAAAAAGAUGUUUCUGCACAAGACUCUAAACAUAGGAAGACGCUUGGUGAGCUGGAGAAAGGUGUGGAUGGGUUGUUUGAUAGCUUUGCAAGAUUGGAUUCACGUAUUUCUAGUGUUGGGCAGACUGCUGCUAAAAUUGGGGAUCAUUUACAGAGUGCAGAUUCCCAGAGAGAAACUGCCAGCCAAACUAUGGAGCUCAUAAAGUACCUAAUGGAAUUCAACAGUAGCCCAGGGGAUCUGAUGGAACUUUCUCCUCUAUUCUCUGAUGACAGCCGUGUUGCUGAGGCUGCUUCGAUUGCACAAAAAUUACGUUCAUUUGCAGAGGAAGAUAUUGGCAGACAGGGUGUGACUAUGCAAUCCGUUCCAGGGAAUGCAACUGCUAGUAGAGGAUUGGAGGUUGCUGUUGGCAACCUUCAAGAAUACUGCAAUGAACUGGAGAACAGGUUGUUGUCUAGGUUUGAUACUGCAUCUCAGAAAAGAGAAUUGUCAACCAUGGCAGAAUGUGCAAAAAUCCUAUCUCAGUUUAACAGAGGCACCAGUGCGAUGCAACACUACGUGGGUUUAAGGCCGAUGUUUGAUGUGGAGGUGAUGAAUGCAGACACACGAUUGGUUCUUGGUGACCAGGAUUCCCUACCUAGUCCCAGUAAUGUUGCCCGUGCACUCUCCUCUUUGUACAAAGAGAUAAUCGAUACUGUCCGAAAAGAAGCAGCUACCAUCACGGCUGUAUUUCCUUCUCCAAAUGAUGUCAUGUCAAUUUUGGUACAGCGAGUAAUGGAAGACCGGGUUCCUAAACUGUUGGAGAAACUAUUGGUGAAACCAUCUUUAGUGCAUCCACCUCCGAUGGGAGAAGGUGGUCUUUUGCUAUACCUGAGGAUGUUGGCAGUGGGAUAUGAGAAGACACAGGAACUUGCCAAGGAUCUACGCAGUGUGGGAUGUGGUGACUUGGACAUUGAAGGCCUAACAGAAUCUCUAUUCAUUGAUCACAAAGAUAUGUACAUUGAAUACGAGCAAGCUUCCUUAAGACAACUCUACAAAUCAAAGAUGGAGGAACUGCUUUCUGAAUGCCAGCUAGCGGGAGAGUCAACAGGGUCAAUUGGACGUUCAAAAGGCGCUUCAGUAUCAUCUUCCCACCAGCAAAUAUCUGUUACAGUUGUCACAGAGUUUGUGCGCUGGAAUGAAGAGGCAAUUUCCAGAUGCACUUUGUUUUCACCUCAGCCUGGUAAUCUUGCAACCAAUGUGAAAACCGUCUUCACUUGCCUUCUAGACCAAGUGAGUCAGUAUACAACAGAAGGGCUUGAAAGAGCCAGAGACGGCCUUACAGAGGCUGCAGCUUUGAGGGAGAGGUUUGUGUUAGGCACCAGUGUUAGUCGAAGAGUGGCUGCUGCAGCUGCUUCUGCUGCAGAAGCUGCUGCUGCUGCUGGUGAAAGCAGUUUUAGAUCUUUCAUGGUUGCUGUACAGCGUUGUGGAAGCAGUGUGGCUAUCGUUCAACAAUACUUUGCUAACUCAAUUUCAAGGCUUCUGUUACCUGUGGAUGGUGCACAUGCUGCAUCAUGUGAAGAAAUGGCAACAGCUAUGUCCAGUGCAGAGGGCGCUGCCUAUAAAGGCCUCCAACAGUGCAUCGAGACAGUUAUGGCCGAGGUGGAACGAUUGCUUUCAGCCGAACAAAAAGCAACCGAUUAUAAAUCACCAGAUGAUGGCAUUGUUCCUGAUCAUCGGCCUACAAAUGCAUGCAUAAGAGUUGUGGCAUACCUCUCUCGUGUGCUUGAAGCAGCAUUCACUGCACUAGAAGGUCUUAACAAGCAAGCUUUCUUAACUGAAUUGGGGAACCGCUUGCACAAAGGCCUAAGUAAUCACUGGCAGAAGUACACUUUCAAUCCCAGUGGAGGACUAAGGCUGAAACGUGACAUCACUGAAUAUGGGGAUUUUGUGCGAAGCUUCAAUGCUCCUACAGUUGAUGAAAAAUUCGAAUCACUAAGCAUCAUGGCAAAUGUCUUCAUUGUUGCUCCUGAAAGCUUAUCGAGUCUGUUUGAAGGCACACCAAGCAUACUUAAAGAUGCUCAAAGGUUCAUUCAGCUUAGAGAGGACUAUAAAAGUGCAAAACUUGCAGCCAAACUCAGCUCCCUUUGGCCAACCUCUUAAUCUAGUUGUUGUAGAUUUUAUUAGUAUAAAAUGCAUUUUCAAAUUUAACUCUUGUGAUUUUAUAUUAUAUGUUUAUUAUUAUUGGAGUUUUGCACAACUACUUGUAUAUGGUAAAAUUGGUUCCAGACAGACAUCCUUUUGUUUACCUCUAUGCUGUGUG